CAGUGCGCAUGCGCGGGAAGUGGCUGGCGCAGACAGCAGCGGCAGUGAUUCGGCAGCGCAAAGCAAAGGCAGAAUCUGUCCGUUUUAAACCAUGGCCACCGACUAAAAGAUGUCUUUAGCGGGCGUACACGGAGAUCUGUCUAUAAUGUCAAGGAGCCUGACGGAUAUGAUUAAAAGCGUACUGCAGUGUGCCCGGACUAUGGAUCCUCUCAGCUUCACAUGACUGCUGAUCACUGUGAUAGGAAGUGGCCUUGAUAUGAUGAUGUGUUGGCAAGCUGAGGGCUCCCAGCUGCAGCCGCUGUAAAUGAACUGUAGCCCUGACCCUAAUGCUUUGAGAGAAACUCCUCCGAUGACUGAUGGGUUCCUGAAAAUAUAGUGUGAGGAGCAGUGCGUGGCCCAUGUUGCAUUAGUGUGGCUGUGAAAUGCUGGCCUGUCUGCCAGGGCCAGGUGACCUCCCCCUCCAGCUUCUCCCCCACACGCAGAUGAACACUGGACUUCAGAAAUGGGACACCACACAAAGGAUGAGAUCUACUCCGUUUCCUACCCCUUCAGAAUUGGAUGCAUAUGCUAAGAAGGUGGCCAACAACCCCCUCACCAUCAAGAUCUUUCCCAACAGUAUCAAAGUCCCUCAGCGCAAUCACGUCCGGCGCACGGUCAAUGGGCUCGACACAUCAGGCCAGCGCUACAGCCCCUACCCCUCCACUCAGCCUAGUGCCAAGGCCGGCCUCCUCGCCAUCGUCAAAGGACCCCCCGUCAAAGGCAUCGUUAAGGACUACGAUGGAAGCCGCGCCCGCAUGCACCCGGAUGUCAACAUGAACGCUCACGCUGGACCGUACCAAGUGGGCCCGAACAGCACUUUAAACCAUCACCCCACACCCCACACGCUCCCCAGACCCCCCCAUAACCUGCCCCUGCCCCAGGACCUGCCCCAGUCCCUCCAGAUGCCCCUCCCUCCGCAGCAGGGUCACAUGCUUCGGCACGCUCCGCCAAUGGCCCUGCAUCCUCAAGGACCACCCAGAGCCACUGCCCAGCACCCGGCCUCAUGUCACCCACAAGGCCCGUCUGGGCUCAUGCUCCAGUCGCAUCUACAGCAGCAGCAGGCCCCCCCACUGUUACCGGGGGGGCGGACGCUGCCAGACAGUGAUGCUCCACCCAAUGUUACUAUCUCUACCUCAACCAUUCCGCUCUCUAUGGCCCCUGGUCUUCACCAGGGCCACCACCCUGACCUGAGUGCCAUUGUGCAUCAGAUUAACCAGUUUUGUCAGGCUCGGGCUCACCAUUCAGGAGCUGCUUCCAUGUGUGAGGGUCAGAUCGCCAACCCCAGCCCCAUCAGCCGGAAUCUGCUCAUCAGCGCUUGCUCUCGGGUGUCCAUGCACAGCACCCCAGGAUUUCCCCCACCCAACUGCACCAUCGCCCCCCCAGAGAAGUCCACUGCCCUAGUGGGUGCUGCUCCGCCCAGCGCAGCUGCUAUGAACCAUUUGCCUUCCAACCGCACUGACAUCAAGCAACACCUCCACCCUUUGCACCCGCAACAGAGUCAGCCUCUGCACCAUGGCAACACGCAGCAGAAGAUGCGCUCAUGGAAUCAGCAUCACUUAGGUCACUUGGGCCACAUGCAGAAUGGUGGGGCCCACUUGGCCAAGCAGCCCCCUAGAGACCCCAACUUCCACUUCAAGGGCAUGGGCUACUCGAAUGAGGUGUGCGGUGGUCAGCCUUACCAACUGAAGCCCCCCAUAGACAGACCCACGCCCUCCCCUCCCGUCAACAGUAACGGGAUGCCCGGCCCCAUGGCCCACUACACAAACGGCUACUUCCAGCCCCAUGUUUGGAACAGCAGCAUCCUCCCCACCCCCAACAGCGACAGCUCGGGCUCUCAGGACGUAGCCAUGCCAUUCCACGGAGCAGGCCCUGUGGGCUGCACCACUCUAGACUGUGCCCCCCCUGGGGCUCCCCAUUACAGGCUAGGAACGGGCUCCACCUCCUCCUCGGCCCACACUAAUCUGAUGCAAACGGCAGAUUACUUGGGUGGGGACUUCCAGACGCCCUACUUCCGCGAUCAGAAUCUAGGGCUGAUGGGUAAAAUGCACAGGCCCCCUCUGAGCAGGGUAGGGCCAGAGGUCGGGGAUGGCAGGACCGCUCUCAUCCAGCACCCAGGGUACAGAUAAGCUAUGGCCUUGUCUCAAUGACAGUUAUUAAACACCCUUUGUUUAGUCUUAAGGAAUGAAACACAUGAAUUAAACAAAAUUUGAUGACUUAAACAAACGAUCGCUAAUGCUAAAGAGGGGAAAUGAAAACUAUAUUUAAUGAAAUCAGUAGAUUUAAAAAUGAAUCUUGCAAGUGAUCAAUUGCUAUUCCUUUUUGUUGAUUUUGCUUUUACCCUGCAGACUAUCAGCUCAUUAAAUGUGUGCCUGUUACCGAUCUUUGUUUUGAUUUGAUAUCACACGACACAGUAGGAAUCUGUGUACAUUUACACAGUUAGUUUUAAUAAAAAUGUAAUUAUUUAUUUGUACAAUAGGACUGUUGAAGUACGACACCUCACUGUCAGAAGGAAGCAUGUGACCAGAUGAUUUGUACAUAGUGUUGAUCAAAGUGUGAAUAUUACACUUGAUUCUGCAAAAUGCUGCAAUUGGUGGUUAAAGGGUGUUGCCAGCUAGGGUGAUUUUUUAUUAUUUUUUUUCCAUAAAUGGAUUAGCAAAUACACUGUUGUGCCAUUAUAUGUAUGAUUCCUUUUCAGAUUGUUUUUACAACCAUGAAAAAUGUUUUACUUGAAUGUGGCAGGUGACAGGCUAGCUAGUCGGGCACAGCUGUGAAACGGAGCAAUUCUAAUAGUGUCAACUGGUGUCUUCUAGCGAGGAGAACGCCUAGCUUAAGCAGAGAAUGACCCUGGCUUUGUUUAUUGAUUCAGUCAUGUGUAGUUGCUACUGAUAUGAUGUGAUUUCAGUUUGUAAAGACCAAAUUGAUCACUUGCAAGAUCGCACAGACUGACUUUUUAAGUUGUGACGUGAACAGCAAAUGCAUUGUUAAUUUUCUUCUACACUGGCUUAUAUCUAGACUACUGUAACUUUAAUGAUUGUGGGUGAGUGUGAAUGCCCUGAUGAUGCGGGUACCCAUUAGAAUGAGUGUGCGUGUGCUUGUGAGGAUACACAAGGAUACCCAUGUUUCGUUCACCUAACUCCCUAACAGCCCUGAAAAAGCCUUAAGUGUUUGGUCCUUGGACUUUCCUCUUGAACAAGCAUGGUUUUAAUGGAAAACCCCAAAUCAUAGUAAAUGUGAGUAAGAAAAUGGUAAGGAUACAUUGAAACAGCAAUUUACUUAUCAAUUACUUUUGGUCUUUUUAAUUUAAUGAAGUUUUGUUCAUUAGAGCAAUUCCUUAGAUCUUUUAUUACCAAAAGCAGGAAAAGGAGUAAUAUUUUGUAAUUAUAUAUUUUAGCAAUGUGUAGUUACUGAGCUGUAACAGUUUCAAAAGCUUCAUUUUGCAGUUGUGACUAUUUAUAAUACUUGAUUUUUUUGCUUGUUAUUUAAACAUUUUCCUCUUUGUUUCCUGUACUAUUGCUGUGAAGUGGAUGAAGGUCCAUAAGCCUUUCUUUGUGUCAUUCUGUACAACAGAAAAGAGGCAAGAGCGAGAGAGUUGUGCUACUCUUUUUGUAAUAUUGUAAUAAAAUAAAGUUCUAAUUUAUGCUUUCAAGAA